UGCAUGUCACUAUCUCGCUCAGUUUUGCACGAAAAUUUGAAUUCAAAAAUUUUAAAAUCUUAAAAAAUUGAUUUUCUUAAUUGUAGCACAAUGAAUGAGAGCAGGAAAGAUAAGAGCUUAUAUACGCUGACGAAGAAGUUUGUGGAAAUGCUUAAAACGGAAGAAACGGUGGAUUUAAAUAUUGUAACAAAUGAACUACAGUGUGCGAAAAAGCGUCGAAUCUAUGAUGUCUCUAAUGUUUUGGAAGGUAUUGGGCUAAUUAAGAAGACACAGAAAAACUUGUAUCAAUAUACUGGAAAAACCAACAAGAAUGAUUCGAUAUUGGACCAUGAAAAGCUAUCAAAUCUAAAGAAUGAAAAGGAAUCACUUGAAUCACUCGAGAAAGAACUAGAUAAGAAUAUCUAUAAUAUGGAAAUGAAUAAUGCAUCUCUAAGGACACAAGAUUCUUACUUAUACUUAACGAGGCAGGAUUUUAUUAAUGCAUUUAGUAAAAACCGUUCAAUAUUACUCUUAAAAGAUUACAAAAAUAUUCGAGUGAUUGUUGAAGAUCCAGAAGCAACAAAUUGUUCGUCAAUUCACGUCCUUGGAUUUAUUGUUAAGCCAGUAACAUGCAAACUAGUCAACAAUGAAAACUCCGAUAAGCCACUACCGACAAUCGAGAAUCUAGACAUUGAUUCAAUAUCAAAUAAUAAUAAUGACAUUGAUUUUGUCGAUCCAAAAAUGUUUGAUAGUCAUAAGGAACUGAAAAAGUCAGAUGAUGUGAUUCUAUUUAAAAGAAGCAUUAGACCUAAAUCUUUUCUGGAAACUGAUUCACUUGAAUAUGAGAAAUUAUCGGAAAAUAUCCUUUCGCAUGAUCAAUACGAGGAUAAAAGUAAAUUCUAUUAUAAUCGCCAUCAAUACAUGAUCUUUUUGACUGUGACAUAAUACUGGAUGAAAGUGAGCAUCAGCAGCAAGUGGAUAUUACAGAAGAAAUGCUCGAAGAAGAAUAUAUAAUAGAGGAACUAGAUGAAGAGUCAUACGAAAUGUUGCAAUAAAGAAAAUUUUAUAUAAAUUUAAAUAUCCUUUUUAUUUUAACUUAAAUUGAAUCCAUAAAAUUUAAUGGAACUUCUUUUUCUUUCCAUUUUUAUUGGGUCCAUUCCCGACAUUAAUUCUCUUUCUAGCUCCAUUAAAUUGUUCUGUGUCAUCGUCAUCAAAGUUCUUAAAUCUUGUUUUCGAACCUCUUUUAUCUUCAAUGUCUUUCAGUUCCAAUUUUGCUGUUCUUUGUGCCUCUCCAACUCGUUCUUGUAAAGCCAUAACUUCAUCUUCUUCAGCUUCGUACUUUGCUAAUUGCUUUCCUAAAAGAUGCUCUAUCCUUUGAUAUAAUUCAACAUCAUAUUGUGUAACCAUUGUUAUAGCUUUUCCUGAUCGACCUGCUCUGGCUGUUCUUCCAACUCUGGAUGUAAUGAAAAUUUGGAAUUAGAUUAAAUCUCGAGUUUAAAUUAAUCCAGUAAGAUUAAAACUUAAUCUAGAUGGAUUUAAAAUUACUUGCCAGAUUAAAAAUCUGGUUCUUUAAUUUUCAUGAUUGCUUACCUGUGAAUGUAAUCCUUGCUGUGUGUUGGAAUAUCAUAGUUGAGAACAACGUCUACGUGUGGAAUAUCAAGACCUCUGUAAAUAGAAUAUUAAUAAACAUAGUACAAUCAGAACUAAUUUAUAGUUAAUUUAACUUACCUAGAUGCAACAUCUGUACAAAUUAAUAUUGAUCGUGCCUUUGCCUUAAACUUAUUUAACGCUGCUAAUCUCUUAUUUUGUGACAUUUGACCAUGCAAUGGAACUGCUUGCAAUCCAAGAGCUCUAAGCAUUAAAGCUACACGAACGGUUGCAUGACAUGUUGAACAGAAUAUGAUGAAGCUAUUUCCAGCUAGAUCAUUAAUAAUGUGCACAAGAUACAGAUCUUUAUAUCUUGAUGGUAAAAAUAUAUAUGAUUGUUGGAGUUUAUCGACAGUUUGAUAUUUGCUUGAUACUUCUACUUUUACUGGAUCUUUAAGUGAUGCUCUUUCGAGUUUUUUCACCUUUUUAGUCAUUGUGGCACUGAAUAAGAAUGUCCGUCGCUCGCGUGGAAUGACUUUAAGGAUCUUAUCUAAUUCAACUUCAAAAUCCAUGUUUAAAAUUCUAUCAGCUUCAUCCAUGACUAAAUAUUUGAUUGAUUUUAAAUUGAAUCCCUUUGUAUGAGUAAGAUGAUCCACAAGACGUCCUGGUGUUGCUACAAUUAUAUGUGGCUUUUUGGCUAAUUGAAGAGCUUGUGAGACCAUAUCCAUACCUCCAACAAUUACAGCACAUUUGAUUCCAACAGAACUGCCAAGAGCUUCAAACUGUUCACCAAUUUGAAAUGCCAAUUCUCUUGUUGGUGUCAUUAUUAGCGCAUAAAAUCUUUGUGGAUUAUCAAGUAAUGUUUGAAUAAUAGGCAAUGCGAAUGCUCCUGUUUUUCCACUUCCAGUUUCGGCUAAAGCAAUUAUGUCUCUGCCUUGUAAAGCUACUGGAAUUGCUUCUUUCUGGAUCUUUGUUGGUGCUUUCCAUUUUAGAUCUUCACAUGCUUCACACAAUACAUCAAUUAAGCCCUAAUAAUAUAGAUUAAUUACGAUUAGUCAAGGAAUCGCCAAAAAUUUAUUCAAAACAAUAAAAACACGUGCAUGAAAAAUGUCAACUUACCAAAUCACUCCAUUUAACGUCUGUUUCUUCUAUAUCAUUUAAUUCUCCACUUAGUUCCUUUGUUUCCUCCUUUUCUACAUCACUUCCAUCGAUCGAAACUGCUUCCUCUUGCUCUAAAUCGCUCAAAUUCUCUGAAUCCGAAUCUGACAUUUUUCUAGAUUUUUGUUUCUUCAAAUAAAUCGGUUUUUU